GCAACAGACUCGCAACCCUCCGGCUGAUAAGACUAUUCUGCUGUCACUCACAAAUUCGCAGUCGCCUUUCAGAUCGGUUCAUUCAUCCAUCAAUCCAAUUGGAGAGUAAAGAGAUAAAAAUGAGCGGAGCGGGGAAGAAGGUAGUUGACGUCGCAUUCAAGGCGGGGAGGACCAUCGACUGGGAAGGUAUGGCGAAGCUGUUGGUCUCCGACGAGGCUCGCAAGGAGUUCGCGACCCUCCGCCGCGCCUUCGACGAAGUCAACACUCAGCUGCAGACCAAGUUCAGCCAGGAACCAGAACCCAUAGACUGGGAGUAUUACAGAAAAGGGAUUGGAUCUCGUUUAGUUGAUAUGUACAAGCAAGCUUAUGAUGAAGUUAAAAUCCCAAAGUAUGUUGACAAUGUCACUCCUCAAUACAAACCCAAGUUCGAUGCCCUGCUGGUAGAGCUCAAAGAGGCUGAGGUGAAGUCAUUGAAGGAGUCAGAAAGAUUAGAAAAAGAAAUUGCAGAAGUCCAAGAGUUGAAGAAGAAGCUUAGUACCAUGACAGCUGAUGAAUACUUCGAGAAGCAUCCCGAGCUCAAGAAGAAGUUCGAUGAUGAAAUUAGAAAUGACUAUUGGGGCUACUAGUUUGACUUUGCAUGACUGUCGCUUUCAGGUGGACCUUUUGAGUUCGACUGCAAUGUGGAAAUAAAGAGAACAAGUUUAUUUUAUUUAAUUUCUUGGGUAUUCUGAAGAUUAUGGAAAAGAAUACAGUCCUUGAGGUGUACCUUUCUUGCAGCUUCCAAUGGACAAUUAAUUUGUGUUCAAUAUGGAGCUGUUAUCGAAUCAUGAGAACAUUUUCAGGCUAUGUGAAUAAUGUGGUCAUGAGAGUUGUUGUCUUUCAA